AUGCUUCCUAGCUCAACUGUAGACCACAACUAGAAAUCCUCACCUGCCUAUCAUGUAGAAGAGUAGCACACAACCUCACCGCAAAAACCGCCAACACGCCUUUUAUGGACACUUUUCCCUAUUGUAUUUCACCCAUCGCUUCUCCUCUUUCCUGAUCAUUUCCAUCCGAAUCAUCCACUGUUCUAUUGAAUCCUCAUCAAACAUGACCGACUUGACUGCAGACUACAUCGUUAUUGGCGGAGGUCUAACCGGAUGCCUGGUAGCCUCGCGCCUAAGUCAGAGCGAAAAGGAACCCCGGCGUCAUCCUGCUAGAAGCAGGGGCGGCGAAUUCGACUAUGCGUAUCACAGUGAACCUGUUACAAACACAGCCAACCGUGUCCACAGCCUCAACUCUGGUAAGGCUCUAGGAGGAGGCAGUAUACUCAACUAUGGUGGCUGGCUACGUGCAGAUGCCGCGGACUAUAAUGAGUGGGGUUCAUUGGUUGACGACGAACGCUGGGGAUACCGAGGUCUUCUCUCUUGGUUCCGCAAUUCAGAGAACUUUCAUGACUCGGCAGCAGACGCCAAUGCGCAUGACUUCGAUGGAACCAUGCAGAUUGUAUGUUCCAAUAACACUGCUACUGGAGUGGACCUGGCCGAUGGCCGCAUAAUUGCCGUACGAAGGGAGGCCAUCAUUUGCGCUGGUACUUACCGCACUCCCCAAGUGCUUUCGCUCUCCGGUAUUGGCCCUUCAGAUAGCCUUACUCAACAUGGCAUCUCUAUGUCCAUGAGAACCCAGAAAUUGGCCAAAACAUCCAUGAUCAUUUUGUCGUUUACUUUGCCUUCCGUUUGUGUGAUCCAUCCAUUGGCUACGCUCUUAGAAGCUCCAACUGCCUUCAAAGGCCUUCCGUGGGACUGGGUCGUGAGUCUGCCUCUCCCAGCAGAGAUUAUGACCAAGCAUGAGUCCCAAGUCGAGAAGCAUAACAGAAACCUCCACGAGGUACUUACUCUGUAUGUACCACCUAGUAUUCCAGGCAUUCCAAUACAUGGUACGCACAUCGCCACCUCUACAAUGUUACUCAUUCCCACCUCCCGCUGUACCGUGUCCAUUCAUUCUGGCAACCCAACCGACCCCCCAUAUAUCCAGCCCAACUAUUUCUCUAGCGAGCUGGACCAGGAUUCUCUAUUGCAUGCCGCGCAUCAAAUGCUGAAGGCCAUGUUGGCAACUGCGCCAAUGAAAGCUAUCGUCGAAAGUGAAACGCCGGCCUUAGGGAAAGGUCUAGAUGGCUUGACACCUCUCACGGCCGAUUCUAAUUACGAUACAACCAAGGAGAGAAUUCGACGGACCGGAAUGCAGCACCACCAUUCCGGGGACUGCAGCUGUGGUCUAUGCCGAAAGCAAAGUACGGUAGGCAAAAAGGAGAGGGGCCCUCUACUUCGUAUCACAUCGGCUCAGGAGGAGUUGAAAUUUAUUUUACAAUAA